CGUCACGUGCAAGUGUGCAACGCGUAUAAUGUAUAUGUUCGGUAUAUUUUCGUUAUUACGUUCCAAAUUUAUUUAGAAUUUACAACAAAUAAAAUGAAUCCGUUUUUUUUUUUUUUUGCUCAUAAAACAAAUCUCUUCCUAAAGACCUAAAUUCUCCUAGAUAUCGAUCACCUGGGACUAAAAAUUUCAAAUGUAGCUCACUUGUUUGAAAAGGUUGGCGACCCCCGAGCUAGGGUAUUGCCGACGUCCCCGACUUGGACAUUUAACGGGCCCGACACUCGUCAGCCGAACUCACGCUGUGCAUUUGAAAAGUACACGUCAUAAUAUUAUAUUUCGAACGGUUAAACAACGUACGUGCAGCUGUACCGGCGCGGCGCUGCGCCGUUUCGAUCCGAUCGAUCGGUCGCGUCCCCUUAGUAACGGAUAUACACACAUCGCACAACGCGCACAUUGCCACAGUAUCGCGGAGAAACGCCGCGACCAGACCGAAUAAACUGUCCGUCCAAUCGAAUCGUUCUUUUUAGUUUUUCGAAAAAACUACGCAGUGCUGCGACCGCUAGUUGGUUUGGCGCGGCCGCGAUGGACCACGCGCGCCCGGACUCGGCCACGGCGGCGGACGGCGGCCCGGACGACCCGGACGGCCGGCUGUACGAUUAUCUGCUGGACAGCGGCGCGUUCGACGACGUGCGCGCGUUGGCCGAGUCGCUCGUCGGCUCGUCCGUGUCGUCGUCCGACGUGGACGGUGCCGGCGGUGAUGACGAAGACGACGACGACCACGACGACGACGCCGGCGCCGUCGCCAGGCGGAUCGCCGACCGGCUGUUGGAGCAGAACGCCGACGACGUCGACCGGGCGCUGGACGCGGCCGUGCGCGACGCUCUGCUGGCCACCGGGUCGGCCGGCCGGCUGGUGGACCACCGGUGGCCGGGGUUGGUGGACAUCGGGCCCGGACGACUGGCGCGCGACACCGCUCGCAGCCUGAACGCGCUCCUCCGGUUGCCGUUCACGUACGACACGUACACGGGCGCGUACUUUCGGCGGCUGACGGACGGGCUGUCGCGCGCCGUGUCGGCGGACGUGCAUUUCAGCCUCGCGAUCCGCGUGUACGCCAAGCUCGUGGACACGGCGCCGGACCCGGAGAGCGCGGCCGAAAGUUUCUGUUCGCUGUGCGAGGCCACGCACGCGCGGUGUCUGUUACGGCAACGACGCGACUUCGGCAAGACGGUGACGGCCGUGUCGCUGACGGCCCGAUGUCUGUCCGCGGUCAUCAAGCGGGCUGCCGGCUGCCGCGGGGCCGUCAAACCGGCCAUCGUUGAGUUUGUGGCCGCCAUUGCGGCCGACCCCGGUGGUCGCGGCCCGUACGCCAUCCUGUGCUGCACCGAUCCUACUGCCACGUGGUUCGACACCGUUUCUAAGUACCACUCGUCCCGAUCGGUCUUUUUCCAGUGCUUAGACGGCGACCGGAAACUGCUCCGGGCAGUCGUGUCCGGUUUCCACGAGUGGAUCGUCGAACCCGAGAUCCCUCGACGGUCGGACGACGCGGACAUCGCGGCAGUGGUCCGGUACGCCCGCGCGCUGCACGCCAUGCACCUGCUGGCCAAGAUGUUCAGGUACCGCGCCACGGUGGCCAUGUUCCCGAUCAAGGUGUCCAGGACGCUGCGGAUCCACGCGGCCGGUAUUUCGAACCACUGUCUCGGUUUCCUGUCCGCCAACCGCCGGGGCGUUCCCGCGACGUUGGCGCACGGCCUCUGCUCGCUGGUGGCCGCCGUGGCCGCGUUCCACCUCGAGACGCUUGACUCGAUCGCGGAUAACGCUUUUGGCUUACGCAUACUGGCCAAGGUCGCGGAGCGUUCGGACGCGUUGGCCGCGCGUCAACAGUUGGUGGACGGAUUGUUCGAGAACAGGCGCUGGAAGGAUGCCGCCGACGGCGCGGACGCGGAUUCUCUGACGGCGGUCGCGGCCACGUUGACGGCCAGUCGUCACGACGAGAUCUGGCGGCUGACCACCAGGAGGAUGUCGUUCUUGGAGGACGCGGCCGCCGGUGACCCCGACCUCGGACACCGUCGGUCGCUCUUGACCAACGUGCGCGGCAGCCCACUGGGCACGCUCAUGUACGACACGCCGCAGCGGGACGACUUCGAUUGGUUGAACCCGCGACACCUGUUGACGUUGAGCGUCGCCUGCACCACGGCCGCCGGCAGACAGUGGCUGGACAGGACGAACGCGUUCGGUUCACUGGACGGAUUCGUAGCGGACCGUUCGCGCCAAACGGAAGUCUCUUUGGACCCGGACGGCGACCGGAAGUCCCUCGACUCGAUCGUCCGCGUCGCCUAUUCCUGUUGCGCGUCGAUCGGAGGGUUAAAAAUUGUACUUGACCAUCUCCGAAUCGACGGUUCGGAAGCCGCAGUAACCGGAAUAGCGACACUCACUGAAUUUUAUUACGCUUCGUUCCAAAAUUUUGACGGCCAUCCCAUUACGAGAGACGUUCUCGUGAUACUGUGGCUUCGUUUGAUACAAGCGGCUACGCACACGUUCAGCUCACGUGUUUACGCGGACUCGAAACUAAAAUAUCAAGAAACAUUAUUAAAGCUGUCCGCCGAAAGCCGUACGGAAGAUGAAAUAGUUUUCGUCGACGAAACAACCGAACUUUUGACAAAAUUACAACGCCCUCUGCUGUCGGACGGUACUGGGCACGCCACCGAAUCUACCCCUAGCGCUCUGGCCGAGUUUUUGUCCAACGCUAAUCACCAUCACGGCGGUGUCUGGUCGCAGAGGCUUCGUUCCAUAAUAAUCCGUUCCGACCAGAUAACCGGAACGGAGACGAUGGAUUUAAUAACGUCGGUUGGCCGCCGCCGUUUCGACGGCCAACUCGACCUGGGCGCGUUCGAUCAUAAAUUAAACCUAACCGAUUUCGAUGUCACCGGAAUACGAUUGGCGCUGAGGUACGGGUCAAGCGUCGGGUUGGUGGUCGAAGAUUCGGUGACGUCCUCGGAGCUCGAACAACUGUACAGCUGUGUUGAAAGACGAGGAUCGCCGGCGCUAUUCGAUUGCAUGACUUGCACGUUGUUUAUAGCGUCGGGAGGAUCGAAAAACGGGUGUAUUGAGGCGUGUGCCGUACUGCUCAGACUCUACGAAACGACACGAUACGUUUGGCCGCCGGCAUUUGACGAGGACGCCGACAGGAGGGCCGCUUUUGGUCAUCUGGUUGAAGGGUUGUUACAACAAGAACAACCCGAAGUGUACAACGCAUUUAAGAUGUCCGGCGUUUCGUGGUGGCUUCUGUGCUCUGGCUGGGCAUCCGACUGUUUCUGGGGCCGACUGAGCUGGUCCGAAAUUUGCCGCUGGCUGUGUCUGGUCGUUGUGAGCCCGGUAGACUACCAGGCGUUCUUUUUCGUCUGUUUGGCCGCGGCUCAAAAGCGCCGGUGGAUGGAAGCGUUCAACCAGGGCCGGUUCCACGAUACCGUUUACCAGGGUGAUUUAGGCGAUUUCCGACUGACUGAUCAUGCAAUUUAUUUCGAAGAAUUGGCGAAAAAGCACCAACGGUGUAUAUCGAAAAAACUUUCGUCCGAAUUCGAUAUGCAUUAGACAGACAAUAUUAUACAAUAACUUCGUUCAACUGCGGUUUUCGGCAUUUCAGUUCAUUUUUAUGAGUUGACGACGUAUAUACCGAAUCCGUUGGUGUUUAUUAUAUAUAAGAGACAUUCAUAACGCAUAACAUUAUCGAACGAUCCAAUAAACAUUAAAACAGUUACACGCAACGUCGACCGUCAUCGACCUAACAUUAACCGUCGAUCUUCAUAUCAAACGCGUGUAAUAAGUGUCAGUGCCGAUUGAAAUUAAUAUCAUAAUAUUAUUAUAUUGUUGCUGUUGGUUAGCAUAGUAAUUUCAGAUAUUCCUUUUAUAAAUUCAAUUGUUAUCGAGUUUCAAUUGAAUAUCAUAUUAUGUUCUAUUGGAAGUUAUUUUUUUUAUUUCAUCAUCAUAUAUACGUCUUGUACACGUAUACUUGAUGUAAAUCUCAAAAACCAAUAUAGGUAGUUGUAUAAAUAUGCGUCGCAUCGGAUUUGGUUAUUUUAAAAUAAGCAGAAAUUUAAUACAAGAUAUUGGAAUCAAAAAUAAGAUAUGUACGAAACGAUCAAAAUGUAUAGUUUAAAAGAAUUCGAGCACGUCCUUUGGGCAUACUGUUUUCCCCAAGGAAAAUAGCCGAACGCAGUAAAAAAAAAUCGUGGAUUGAAAAAAAAAAAUUAGGAGAAAGUCUAUUUUAGAUUAAGCAGCUGUUAUGCCACUGUAUCUAAUAUAUCAUAUUAAAUCUUGA